AUGGUUCUUGUCCUCGUUGUUUUGUUGGCAUUUACCGCCACAAAGCAAGCUAUACCAAUAGGAAAUUUGAGCCCCAUCAACAAUAUCAAUGAUCCAAAGGUGAUUGAUGUUGCCAAUUUUGCUGUUAAGGAGUACAACAACAGAAGGCGUAAACCUGAGGAGAAAUUGAGACUUUGGAAGGUCAUCAAGGGUGAAUCCCAAAUCGUGGCUGAUGGGGUUAACUAUCGCCUCACCCUUUCUGCCACCAAAGUUUAUACUUCAAACACUUAUGAAGCUAUUGUUUUAGAAUGGUCGUUGCAACACUUAAGAAACCUCACUUCCUUUAAACUUAUUCAAGCUUAA